AUGGGGUUGCCUCCUAAAAAGAAAUGCAUGCAGAAUCCUAAAAGCGAUUUAAGGAUCGCGGCCUUGUUCUGCGUGCAGACAUGGCUGAUACUGAUCCGCCACGUGCAGCCGGGCUUCUCGGUCCAGCCUGCGCCUUGCGGCUUCAACUCCAUGUGCCUUUGCGCUGGACAAGCCGAUUCCAAAUCUGUCUCAUCAGUCCAAUGCGAUCGAGCUUCACUGUACAAAAUGCCAGCUUUUCCCCAUGAGCGCAUUACGCACCUGGAAGUGACUAAUAACAACUUGCUGCUGCUCGAAUCAGACGCACUCGCUGCGCUGCCUUUGCAGCUGCUAAAGCUCAGCGGCAACAGCAUACGGCGAAUCGACCAGAAAGCUUUCAGAUCCAUUACUCACGAAGUUACUAAUUAUAAUGUCUUUCUCCUAAAAUAUGAAAGGUUUCCUCUGAUGCUUGUACGCUGUGAUUGUUUGCUUGAUUUGCCUGAUGCUAAUCUUCGUGUUGAUUGA